CUUUUUUUGGUUAUAGACACUUGUUGAAAAUCUUAGCUAGCACUGUGUUUUAAAUUUCCAGAUCAUAAUGAACUAUGCCACCCUUUUAUACUUAUCCUCAGUUAUCCAUAUUUGCUUACAUGUCUUGUAUAUACAUAUCAUUUUAAAAAUUGAUUCAAUUAAUUAAUUAUCUCCACAUUUUCUCUAGACAGUUACUUUUCUAAACCUCAUCUGAAUGAUUGUUUGAUUUAAUCAUCAGAAUUUCUGGAUCAAGAACCCUCCUCUAUGUUGAACUCAGUGAAUCAUUAAUGUUUGCCAUCCAUGCUCAUCACUCCAAUUUUUUAUCACUCAAAUUAUUCCAAAAAACUUUUUUAAUGAACUUUAUUUGAUUUCAACUUUAUUGGAAGAAAAGAGUAUUAAGCUACUCAAAAGCUGAAAAGAAUCUUGAGGGAAUCUAGACAUCUCCCUUGAAGCACAGGACCAAGUGCUGGCUGGAUCUAGUCUAUCCCAUUCUUGAUGUCUUUGAAAUCUACUCUGCUAACAUCUAGAGUAUGUCAUACUAUUCCUAGAAUUUCCUUCCAUAUCUGUCACAAAUUCCAAGAUGGCAUGAUGGCAUUUUUCCCCCUGAGUUUUAUUAUUUCCCUUUCACCAUCUGAGGUCCACCAGCACCCUUUUAAUAGGAAAGCUACUGUAAGCUGUUGGCCAGUUUGCUUUGUCCUAACCCAGCAAGUUGGCACUUAGCUUUCCCAAAUAUUCAUACCCUUCCUCCUAAAAAAUUUUCUAAAUUGCGCAAGUACUUUUUGAAUCAGCAGUACCUCUACGAGGCCUAUAUCCCAAAGAUGUCAAUAAAUAAAGAAAAGAACCUCUGUGAAAAAAAUUAUAACAACUCUUUUUAUAGUGGCAAAGAAUUAGUUACUAAGAAAGUGUCCAUAAUUGGUUAAUAGCUGAACAAAUUAUGGGGUACAAAUGAAUAGAAAACUCCUGUGCUGAAGAAAUGAGGAAAAGGACAGUUUAAAAACACUUGCAUGAAACAUAUGACAUCACUUGUCACAUGUACAUAUGAGUAUGUGAUUUGGGGUUUAGGCCUUAAAAAAUGGAUCUCUAGCAAAAAUGAAUAAUAUGGAAAUAGGUAUCAAGUGACAAUACUUGUACAACCCAGUGGAAUUGCUUGUCAGGAGCAGGGAGAGAAGAGAGGAGGGAAAGAAAAUGAAUUAUGUAAACAUGGAAAAAUAUCUUUAAAAAAAUAAAUAAAAUUAAAAAUAAAAACACUUGUAUAAACUCUUACAGAAUGAAGGGAGAAGAAUCAGUAGAACUAUGUAGGCCCAAAUUGUACAAAUUAAAAAUUGUUAAGAACCACGACUGGAGAAUUGAAAUGAGACAUAUUAUACUUGGACAUGGAAAAAAAAUUUUUUUUCCUUGACUGAAUAUUUGAUAAGAGAGUUUUCUUUUCUUUUCUAGUGCUGGGGUGGGGAUAAAGAACAAAAAAUAGUUAAAAAAAUCUAAAAAAGAAAAAAAUGGGCCUGUGUGGCCUUAAUCUACACAGGGUCUUUCAAAGCACUAUACAAUUUCCCAGAUUAUUUCUCCUGAACAAUUCAAUGUCCAUCUCAUUCAUUGUCUAUCUUUUUUCCCUAUAAAGUGUCAACAUGGAAUCUGGGAACUCCAAAUUUGUGGCCUAGUGGGAUCUGAUGAACCCCGAAUUUCAGGACUAGCUUAUAGGUUGGAGACCCCAAAGCUUGUCCUUGUUUCCUGUUCCCAUGGGCAUCUACCCUGAAGGGAAUCCCAGGCUGGCAGUCUCAGAUUGUGUGGGGGAUCCUCAGGGGAAAUACUUCUAAAUAUUUUAUACACACAUAUCCUGAUGGACUAACUCAGAGUUGCCUUUUCAAUGUCAGGUCAUCAUCUGAGGGUUAUACAUUUUGAACCAUUUUUUCCUAGUAUAGAUGGUUAGACAGAUCUCUUCCAAGUGACCGUGGGAUUCAUUGUGAAGGUUUUCUAACACUACUAGAAUGGGUUAGUAUAAUGCUAUUUAACAAUGGAAGCAUUUAGAGAACCUUGUUAUCAAGUCUUCUGCUGGUGACUCGUGUGGAGGAGCCUUUAUGACAUUUGGUGAAGAAUUUAGAUGAGAAUAUCUCUGUUCAAUGCUCACUUGUUAAAAGCAGAGCACUGAACAAAGAUGUCUGAAAGUUGUGUUUGUUUUAGAAUGGAUGUGCCUUGUUUAAGGAGAGCCUUUAAGGCUGUAUUUUGUUCUCUCAAUUCAAAUGAGCUUUAGAAACAGUGAACCACAGAGAUGGUAAGUUGUUGAGUUUUUUUGUAUUUCUCAUUUAGUUGUAUUGCUGUGAAGAUAUGCUCUACUAUAGAGAAACAUUUCAUGGGCCCCCUCACCACAAGCCCAGCCCAGAAUAGUCUAGAAAAGAUUGAACAGCUAUGGGCAAAAAGGGAUUUGAUAAACAAGUGGAUGUGUCAUAUAUUGCCAAACAUUACAACAUGAGCAAAAGCAAAGUAGACAACCAGUUCUACAGUGUAGAAGUGGGAGAUUCAACGUUCACAGUUCUCAAACGCUACCAGAAUCUAAAGCCUAUUGGCUCUGGGGCUCAGGGAAUCGUUUGUGCUGCAUAUGAUGCUGUUCUUGACAGAAAUGUGGCCAUUAAGAAGCUCAGCAGACCAUUUCAGAACCAAACACAUGCCAAACGGGCUUACAGGGAGCUGGUCCUCAUGAAGUGUGUGAAUCAUAAAAAUAUUAUCAGUUUAUUAAAUGUCUUCACACCACAGAAAUCACUAGAAGAGUUCCAAGAUGUUUACCUUGUGAUGGAAUUGAUGGAUGCAAACUUGUGCCAGGUCAUUCAAAUGGAAUUGGACCAUGAGCGCAUGUCUUACCUCCUGUACCAAAUGUUAUGUGGCAUCAAGCACCUUCACUCUGCUGGGAUCAUCCACAGGGAUUUAAAGCCCAGUAACAUUGUGGUAAAAUCUGAUUGCACAUUGAAAAUUCUAGACUUUGGAUUGGCCAGGACUGCAGGCACAAGCUUCAUGAUGACUCCAUAUGUGGUGACACGUUAUUACAGAGCCCCGGAAGUCAUCCUGGGAAUGGGCUACAAAGAGAAUGUGGAUAUAUGGUCUGUAGGAUGCAUUAUGGGAGAAAUGGUUCGCCACAAAAUCCUCUUUCCAGGAAGGGAUUAUAUUGACCAGUGGAACAAAGUAAUUGAGCAACUAGGAACACCAUGCCCAGAAUUCAUGAAGAAAUUGCAACCUACAGUAAGAAACUAUGUGGAGAAUCGGCCCAAGUAUGCAGGCCUUACUUUCCCCAAGCUCUUUCCGGAUUCCCUCUUCCCUGCUGACUCUGAGCACAAUAAACUUAAAGCCAGCCAAGCCAGAGACCUUUUGUCCAAGAUGCUAGUGAUUGAUCCAGCCAAAAGGAUAUCAGUGGAUGAUGCCUUACAGCAUCCAUACAUCAAUGUCUGGUAUGAUCCUGCAGAAGUAGAGGCGCCUCCUCCACAGAUAUAUGAUAAACAGCUGGAUGAAAGAGAACAUACCAUUGAAGAAUGGAAAGAACUGAUCUAUAAGGAAGUAAUGAAUUCUGAAGAAAAGACUAAAAAUGGAGUAGUAAAAGGACAACCUUCUCCUUCAGCACAGGUGCAGCAGUGAACAGCAGUGAGAGCCUCCCUCCAUCCUCUUCUGUCAACGACAUCUCCUCCAUGUCCACUGACCAGACCCUGGCAUCUGACACUGACAGUAGCUUGGAGACCUCAGCAGGACCACUUGGUUGUUGCAGGUGACUAGCCGCCUGCCUGCGAAACCCAGCGUUCUUCAGAAGAUGAGGAAACUGAAAAUAUGCACAACCGUGUGUGUGUGGGAUGUGAUAAUUAAGAGAAAAUGGGAAGGAAAGAACAAAAUCUAAAAUUGAAACCAAUCUUUCAGCUUGCUUCUUCUGCAGAGUUAUGUAUUGCAACUUCGCUCAAGUGUAUAUUUAACUUAUAAUUACUCUGCUUUCUUCUUCUUCUUCUUCUUCUUCUUCUUCUUCUUCUUCUUCUUCUUCUUCUUCUUCUUCUUCUUCUUCUUCUUCUUCUUCUUCUUCUUCUUCUUCUUCUUCUUCCUCCUCCUCCUUCUUCCUCCUACAGAAAAGAACAUGUGUACUCACACAUACAUACACACACACUUACACACAAUUAAAGGAGCCUUUUCCCAUAAAGUAUACAUGAAUGGCUACCAAACCAGCAACCUGCGCCCACCCUUUCACUGGCAUGGCAAGGUGUGCAGUGGCCCCUGCAUGUGUCUCUGUCCUGCAUCUACCUGCUCCUUUUGGCUUAGUCAGAUGGAUGUCGAUACAGGUCCACAUGUGUCUAUUUACACACACAGCACGGCAUUUACAUAGAGAUGAUAUAGUAUCUUUAGCGCUGUCCAGAUACAGUACAUACUGUGUUCCUCAGUGGUCCAUUUCAUGUGAACUCUUACUAUGACAUAAACUCAUCUGUAAUAUCUUGCCAGCAUAUAAGCUGUUUAGUUUGUUAAUUAAGUUGUAUGUCUUAUAAGAAGCUUUGUAAAAGGGGGAAAAAUUGUGAGUGAGCGCUCUCAGAUAAUUGAAGAUAAUGUAGCAUCCAAAUGUGAGCUGAUUAAAAUGUUAUCUGUA